AUGGACUUUCAUAAGCUGGUCGGGCUGUCCAAAUGCCUGAUUCUUUGCGGUGUUUUCUACAUUAUUUAUUUAUGUUUCAAGGAAGGUAAGCCUACUUAUUGCUACAAUCUUUUCAAUUUGUGAUUUCAGACAGUCUGCAAUGGCCCGUUUCAUUGGAGGGAAAUUUCAUUCGUCUAAAGUAAGACCUUCAAUGUUACUGUAGCAAUGAUUUUGCUUGCAAAUCACUUUUCUGAGUUACCUUUUUCUUGCCCCGCGCUUUACAGCUUGCGCCCGAACAAUUCCGGUUGCAAGGAAUAUCAGGCUUAGGCUUAGCCUCUGGCUUAGGCAGGUUAGGCUUACAGGGGAAGUACCCCAAGUGCGACGCUCAGAUUUUGAUGAAACUUGGCACAAAUUUAGAAUAAUUUUUUCUAAGACAUAUGCGAGAAUCCUAGCUCGCGCUUUGCAGAAACAACCGAGAUUUUUAGACCGAAAGUCGGCCAAAAUUUAGGACUUUUUGCCGAAUUUCGGCACGAAAAGUUUAAUGUUUCUACAAAAAAUCAAAUUUUUCCGCACGAAACUGUCAAGGUUAUGGCCAAAAAGCGCUUUUCUCUCUGACCGCUCUCCACGUUUAGCGUGCUUUCUCGGCGGCAACAAUCGCUCGAUAUCUCGGCGGCGCCCGCAAAGCGCGAGCUAAAACUUUCAGCAAUUGAUAUUUAGUCCGUACCCGACGUGUGUGCAAAAUUUAAAGAAAACCUGAGCGUCGCACUUGGAGUACUUCCCCUGUUAGUUUAGCGCAUAGGCUGUUUACUAUCUUUAUUCGCAGUCUGCAGGGAAACCAGGGCGCAAGCUGCGAAACGCGUGGCCAGAAAAAGGAAGUUUUUCCGAAUAUUGUAAUUGGCAGAAAAAGCUUGACUUCCAGAAGGUCGACGGAAGCCGCUGCCGACACGAAAUACAUUGGGCUGGCGUUCACGUUUUGCAACGGAUUGGCCAAUCAGGUAAAUCAUUUUAUUUAUUAUUUUUUUUGCAUGUAUAUCAGUCUGUCGGGAAAAUAAUGUGGAUUGUCGCACCUUGGAAUCGAACAUCACCGCUUUGCGAUGGUCAGCUGCUGCUGGGAAUUCGGUACACGACUGCGGCUGGGCGAAACAUUUUCCUGUGACAAAUCCACAUUAUUUUCCCGACGGACUGAAAAAAAGCGAAAAUUUUGGUAAAAAUUGACAAAACCAGAAAUUUUUGUUUUUUUUUGCAUUUUGUCGGGAAAAUAAUGAGCCCAAUUCUUUUGCUGCGACAAAUCCACAUUAUUUUCCCGACAGAUUGAAAAAAGGCAGAAAUUUUGGUGAAAAUUGACAAAACCAAGAAAUUUUUGUUUUUUUGCAGUUUGUCGGGAAAAUAAUGAGCCCAAUUCUUUUGUUGCGACAAAUCCGCAUUAUUUUCCCGACGCACUGAAAAAAGGCGAAAAUUUUGGUAAAAAUUGACAAAACCAGGAAAUUUUUGUUUUUUCAGUCUGUCGGGAAAAUAAUGAGCCCAAUUCUUUUGUUGCGACAAAUCCACAUUAUUUUCCCGACACACUGAAAAAAGCCUUAUUUUACUUUUCAGAUGCAACGUCACGCCGCAUUAAUCGGAAUCGGCGAUCAAAUCGGGCGGACCCCAUUCAUCGACCAGCGAUAUCGCUGCAGCUUCCAUAUUCUUCCCGAACUCGCAGCGGCCAUGCCCAACUUCUACAAAGGAAUUCGGCUGCUCGAGCCGGACAAGCCCAAGAACUGGGCGGUCCCAUUCAGCUUGAAUAUCUGCCAAUACGUCAAUUCGUCGGUGUAAGACUUUUUUUGUUGUAGUUUAUGGUUGAACCCCAAAAUUGAAAAAACGAGGUGUGACAUGUUAUACGAUGAAAAUUUUUUCGAAUUGAGAAAGUGGGUCUAUAUUUUUGGUGUGACAUGUUACAUGGUGGAAAUUUUUUCGAAUUGAGAAAAGUAAGGUGUGACAUGUUAUACGAUGGAAAUUUUUUCGAACUAAAAAAAAAUUAUGUGUGACAUCUUAUACGAUGAAAUUUUUUUUUCAAAUUGAGAAACAUGACGUGUGACAUGUUAUACGAUGAAUUUUUUUCAAAUUGAAAAAAAUUAUGUGUGACAUCUUAUACGAUGUAAUUUUUUUUUCAAAUUAAAAUGUCACACCUAAUUUUUCUCAAUUAAAAAAAAUCCAUCGUAUAACAUGUCACACCUCAUUUUUUUUAAUUUUCAAAAUGAGGGGGAGUGUUCAAAAAGGGGGAGAGUUCAGAAAAGGAGGAGAGUUCUGUCGCAACGGAAUUUUAUUAGUAUGUCGGGAAAAUAAUGAGCGCUCUGUCGCAGCGAAAAUCGCAUCGCCGCCGGGAAAAUGAAUUGUGUCGCAGCAAAAUCAAAUUGCUUUUUUUUUACCAGCGACGUGAUUGGCGCAGCAAAAUUGUGCUCAUUAUUUUCCCGACAGACGGAUAACAUCAGUUUUCCAAUUUUUUUUCAAAAUCUCAAAUUUUUGUUUUCAGGCUAGCCGGCAAGUACGACAGCCACAAAUUCCUCAAACUCCGAACGCAUCUCCUCCAAUCCUACAAGUAUUUCCAUGGGAUCAAGCCCAAAAUCCGAGAGGUCUUUCGAUUUGCCGAUGAGCAAACCCAGUUCGUGGACCGCUUUGCCAAAGAAUUGAUGGGGUAAGGAACAAGAAAAAAAAGAAGAAAUCACCCAAAUAUUAUGUAUAUUUGGCGCAGAUUUUGAUGAAACCUGCCAAAAAUCGUGACUAAUUUUUUCCAAGACAUAUGCGAGACUCCUAGCUCGAAAUUUGAAAGAAACGACCGAAAUUUUUCGUUAAAAAGUUUUAAAAAAUGUGACAUUUUUUUGCAAAUUUUGUCAUGAAAAAAUUUGCAUCUAUUUCUGUCGUACAGAGUAAUGUUUUCACAAAAAAUCAAUUUUUUCCACGCGGAACUGACAAAGAUACGGCCAAAAAGUGUUCUCUCGCUGUCCGCUCUCCGCAUUUCGCGUAUUCUCUCGGGCUCAAAGAUCGUUCAAUAUCUCGGCUGCGCCUGCAGAAUGGAUACUGAAAUUUUUAGCAAUCUGUGUCUGGCCUACAUAGAGGAUGUGUGCAAAAUUUGGCAAAAAUCUGAGCACUUCUCUUUGGGUUAUGAACUUAUUAUUAUAACUAAUAUGUAUCAGUCUGUCGGGAAAAUAAUGAUCACUCUGUCGCAUCGAAAAUCGCAUCACGGCCGGGGAAAUCAAUUGUUUCGCGACAAAAUUAAAUUGCUUUUUUUGCCUUCAGCGACACAUUCGACGUAGCGACAUUGCGCUCAAUAUUUUCCCGACAUUAAAAUUUUCAAUUUCAGCGAUUCAAAGACCCACAAACUUUGUGUCCACAUUCGACGCGGCGACUUUGUCCGCCACGCCUUUCUGCUCGCUUCAAGGCAGUCGUUCAUCACGCCGGCGUUGAAAUUUUUAACGACGAAUUUAACGAAGCAGCAUGGCAAGUUGGGACUCAUUUUUAUCGGGGAGAACAGCGAGUUCACCAGGAGUAUACAGUACGACAAGAAUGUAGGUUGGCGCGACAUCCGUUAAAUGCGAUUUCCAGCACGUGGCGGAGGUGUUCACGCCCUCCGGGCUCAGCCGAACGCAGGACAUGCUGUUCGGCGCCAAGUACUGCGAUUCCCUGCUGAUUUCGGCAUCCGGCUCCACGUACGGCUGGUGGAUGGGCUAUUUGAUGGAGGAGCGGAAGCAGGGCAACGUGUUCUACAAUUAUCUCGCCACGAAAGACGCCAAAGAUUGUCGGGAUCACUUCGAUUUCGACACUUACCCGCCCGAAUGGAAGCGAUUACGGCUGACGAAAAAGGGAAAGGAAAUGGAGGUGGUGGUGGAGAAACGAUGGCACAACGAGAUCAAGGCUCAGGAGGGUGCGGAAGUGUAUCAAAAAUGGCUCAAGUUGUAA